UUUAAAUUUUAAUAUACAUAUAUAUAUAUAUAUAUAUAUAUGUAUAUGUUUAUACAUAAACCAGUCAAGCCAGUUUUCUUUACGAAAAAAGCGGUAUCUUUUCAGCUUUAAUUAUUUGAUAGAAAGAAGUAAACGCUAAAAGGAAAAUAACAUCUUACAAGAGAAAAAAAAAGUUCAUCAUUCACUUGGAAAUUUGCGUAAUUUUCUAAGAUGCCAGCGGAAACGAAAACACCAACCGCCAAUGAGACGGAAAGUCCAUCCAAGGGUAAAAAAUCCUCAAGUUCUUCAAUUUCAAAAGCUGCUUUGGCUCGUGUUACCUUAUUGGACGGUUCCAUUUUGGAUGUAACCAUAGAACGAAAGGCUAAAGGUCGCGAUUUAUUAAAUUCUAUAUGUGCUGGCCUUAAUAUAGUCGAGAAAGAUUACUUUGGUCUCACGUAUGAAACGCCAACCGAUCCCAGAGCUUGGUUGGACCUUGAGAAACCGGUAUCGAAAUUCUUUCGUUCGGAUCCUUGGCCUCUGCAUUUCGCAGUAAAAUUUUAUCCACCAGAACCAUCGCAGUUACAAGAAGACAUAACGCGUUAUCAUUUGUGCCUGCAAGUGCGCAACGACAUUUUGGAAGGCCGCUUGCCAUGCACGUUCGUAACGCAUGCUCUGUUAGGUUCAUAUUUGGUGCAAUCAGAAAUGGGUGAUUAUGAUGCCAAAGAGAUGCCCGAUCGGAGUUAUUUGCAAGACUUUAAGAUUGCACCAAAUCAGACCGCAGAACUGGAACAAAAAGUUAUGGAUUUGCACAAAGACCAUAGAGGUAAAUCUCCUGCGGUAGCUGAGUUGCAUUACUUGGACAAUGCCAAAAAAUUGGCCAUGUACGGCGUGGACUUACAUCCAGCUAAGGAUUCAGAAGGUGUAGAUAUUAUGCUAGGAGUUUGUGCUUCCGGUCUAUUAGUUUAUCGAGACAAACUACGCAUCAAUCGCUUUGCUUGGCCGAAAAUCUUAAAAAUAUCUUAUAAACGCCAUCAUUUCUAUAUUAAAAUACGUCCUGGAGAAUUUGAACCACACGAAGUGACCAUCGGCUUUAAAUUACUCAAUCAUCGUGCGGCGAAAAAAUUAUGGAAAUCUUGUGUAGAGCAUCACACCUUCUUUCGCUUAAUGACUCCUGAACCGCCUAGUAAAUCGUCAUUGUUUCCUAGAUUUGGUUCUAGAUAUCGGUAUUCCGGCCGCACAAUGUACGAAAGUAAGAAGAAUCCCGUGGAUAGAGAAGCACCGAAAUUCGACAGAAGUUUAUCAGGACGUCGUCUAACAUCACGCAGCAUGGACGCUCUGGCCUUAGCCGAAAAAGAGAAAGAUGCUCAGAAACGUCACACCAUGGCACAUCCACCUGAUCACAUACCCGACUUGGAUUCGCCACGUAGUCGCAGUCCUAUUAAAAAAGAUAAGAAAGAAAAGGUAAAGUUAAUACGUGAGUCUAGCACUGGUACAGCUUCGGCUUCUUCGCAGAGUUCCCUCGAAGGUGAUUACGAGACAAGUACUACCGGUGCUGCGGCCGAUGUUGCCUCGGCAGCUGCCGCCUUUUUGGCCGAUAAUCAGGAGGCUGAAAAGGAGGCCAAGUUAAGAGAAAAGAAACAAAAGGAAAAAGAGGAAAAGGAACGUAAAGAAAAAGAGAAGAAGGAAAAAGAAAGGAAGGAAAAGGAGAAAAAAGAGAAGGAAGCUCGAGAAAAGGCUGGCAAAGAGAAACCGGAGAAGUUCACGGCUGGAACAGCUACGGAAGGCCUUAAUGGCAACGAGAACUUAAACGAUUCACAGAAGUCCGGGAAGCAAAAGGGUGGUGGCCUGUUUUUGUCGGGACGCCGAAGCAAAAGUGGUUCGCCGACCAAAGAAGCUAAAGAUAAGGAAAGAUCUGGUAAAGAUAAGAUUGGAAAGGAAAAAGAAAUGGUACCUGUUGUUGCAAGCGAUACCUCAUCUCCUGGUUAUGUGAAACCUUAUGAAUACACCGAUGGUGACGGUGAGAUUAGUCCAACACGCAAAUCUUAUAUACCAGGCGGUUUUCGUUACGAUCACGAUCCUGACAGUGCUAAACGCGCUUCAGAAGGGCAAGACCAAUUGUCGCCCACAGCUCAGCAAAAGAAAAUUGGCUUAGCCUUUAACUAUGCCCCGGGUAAUGAAGAAGCUUUGAAGAAAACUGCUGAGAAAUUAAAAUCCGGUCAACUGUCCCCUCGCACUCGUGACAAACUAAAUAAAGGACAAUUGUCUCCUAAAACCAGAGAAAAAUUAUUAAAAGAAGUUAACCUUUCUCCUACAACACGGGCUAAAUUGCAAGGUAGCGCUGUUGACGCUGCCGCCGAACCUCUUCGAGAUACUCAAAAACGUUCAUAUUCACCCACCAAAGGUCAAAUGCAAGGUUACAGCUCUGGAGCGCCAGGCAGUUAUAAGCCUUUAAUGGCAGAUCCCACCAAGGCUUUCUUAGAUUCUGAAAGAUAUAAUAGAGAACAAGGAGUAGAUACUUCUGCUCCAAGCAGAGAGGGAAAAUCUGUCACUGCUUCACCGAAAUCAAUUGGUAAAGGGUCCAAGCCCGUUGCGCCACCAGUAAUUCCUGCAAAAGCCAGGUCUGCUACACCCGCUAAGCCCAAAAAGAAGCGAGUUAAAAUUAUGGUAAUAACGUCUAAAUUUGAUCCUUCGACCAAGCGAGUAGAUUCAGAGAACGGGACAAUAGAACACUCAACUGGCAUUUUAGAUCCUGCUACUGGCUUCAUUGAUACGAAAUAUGGUGUAAUUCAUCCUCAGAAAGGUACUCUGCUAGCGUUGAAUACCAAGACGGGUGAAAAUGAAACCUACCAAGGGGAAAUUGAUCCUAAAACCGGUAAUAUCCAUUUAAUUAAUGGUGUUAGCGAUCCGCAAACUGGUCGUUUGAACGAAUCUCUCGGACAAAUAAUAUGCAUAACCCCUCAGGAGGAUCCUGUCGUCGAAUUAACAGUGAUAACUAGCCGUAUUGAUCCGACUACCGGUAAAAUUGAUAUAGUUAACGGUGAAGUCGAACGAUCCCUGGGUGUCUUGAACAUUGAAACAGGCUUAUUGGAUACGAAAUACGGUGAGAUCAAUACUAGAGCAGGUGAAUUAAAAAUAGUCGAUCCUAAAUCCGGUAAAAUGGUAGUAACCAAGAAUGUUAAAAUCGAUCCAGCUACGGGCCAAAUAUCUAUUUUGGGCAUUGUUGAUCCUAAAACUGGAAAACUGGAUCCUAAUCAGGGUCGGCUUAUAGAGGCUGGCCAACAAAUUGAUCCUAUUGUUGAAGUGACUUCUUUAUCCGGUAAAUAUGAUGCAAAGAAGAAUGUUAUCGAUUCGAAAACCGCUCAGUUGGAAACAUCAGGUGGACAGUUUGACCCGAAAGCUGGAAAAGUUGACACUAAAUAUGGGCAAAUCGAUUUGGUUAAGCAUACCAUCACAUUUACAGACCCCAAAUCUGGUAAAUCCGUAACACGCGAUAUUAAAAUCGAUCCAUCAACCGGGCAGAUUGUUCUCAAGAAUCAAAUCAAUCCAAAAACCAAUAAACCUGAUAAAGACUAUGCUCGCAUUAUUUGCUUGCGUAUCGUGCAACAACGAGUAGAUCCCAAGACCAAAAAUCCGAUUUCACAAAUUAGCACCGCUAAAGAUAAAGAUGUUAUUGUCGAUCCCAAAUCCAAUCAAAUUUGGAUGCCUACUGGUGCUGUUGAUCCUAAUACAAAGGAACCGCAAUAUGUUUCCAGUAGUGUGGAUCCAAAAACGGGUUACGUAAUCACCAUUUACGGCUAUCUGAACCCAAAGACAAACGAAGUCAAGAAACAAACCAAACUAGAUCCGAAUCUUUUCAAGGUCGAGCCUUCUUCCGGCAAAAUAUACACAGCCACCGGUGAUGUCGACGCAGCUACUGGUGAACCCGUAUACGCCACCACCCAAGUAGAUCCCGACUCUGGAGAGGUAUACACCAAACUAGCCCGCGUUAAUCCCAAAACGGGAAAAAUUGUUUUAAUACGCAUUUUACUUAUUUCCAAAGUCGAUGAACGCGGCCGUCCCGAAGAGUUGGAUCCGGAAACUUGUGAAAUUGAUCCUGUCUCGGGACGGGUCCUUAAAUUCUUUAAUAAAACUGUCUAUGUUUACAAUAUGAUUGAUCCUAUUACCGGUGAAAUCGUGCAGGUUGAUCCCAAUGAUCCGCGUUUCGCAGGCGCUCGUACUACUGUUACACAUACCAUGACAUUAACUGGCGAAAUUGAUCCUGUCACUGGACGCAUUAAAAGUGAAUAUGGUGAUAUAGAUCCGAACACUGGGGACAUCGAUCCAGCCACAGCUAUACGCGAUCCCGUUACAGGCAAACUCAUACUUAAUUAUGCCCAAAUUGAUCCAUCACACUUUGGCAAGCAAGCCCAAAUUAGUACCACCACCGAAACAGUACCCAUAACUCGUCAACAAUUUUUCGAUGGCGUAAAGCAUAUGGGAAAAAAUGCCUUGAGACGUGAUUCUGAGGCUUCCGAUUCAGAAGACGAUAUGACCCAUGAAUACGAGACGGAAAAUGUUAAAGAUAUCGUUAUUGGUGGUACUAAGCAGAGUGCUGCACAAAAUAAAUAUGUUACUACACCUACGGUUGUCAAGACAACAACCAAACAAGUUUUGACCAAAAACGAUGAUGGCGUUACACACAAUGUGGAAGAGGAAGUGCGCAAUUUGGGAACUGGAGAGGUGACGUUCUCAACACAGGAACACAAGGCCGAUACACCUGCCGCGGAUAUAACCAGCGGUGCUUACGUUACUGCCACCGCAGUGACCACACGCACUGCCACUACUCACGAGGAUUUGGGUAAAAAAGCAAAAACCGAACAAUUGGAAGAGAAAACCGUUGCCACCACUCGCACUCAUGACCCUAAUAAGCAGGAACAAAGAGUAGUAACACAGGAAGUGAAGACAACCGCAACCGUUACGAGUGGUGAUCAGUUCCAAAGACGUGAAAGCAUAUCAUCAACUAGUUCUGGCGACUCAGGUACGCCCAUUGAUGGUCCUUAUGAUGAAUCGGGUACUGUACAACAUCGUACUUCUCCGAACUCUUAUAAGCAACCUCUUAUACAUCAAACAUCGGCCACUGCAGGCACUGCCUCUAUGGGACCGCAUGUAGAACAGACUCGCGUGGUAUUAGGAGAGCACACACCCGGCUAUAGCGGACAUGGGGAAAUUGUUUCCACUCAAACAGUUAGCAGCAAAACACGCACCGUCGAAACGAUAACGUAUAAAACCGAACGUGAUGGCAUUGUUGAAACACGGGUAGAACAAAAGAUUACCAUACAAUCUGAUGGAGAUCCCAUCGAUCAUGACAGAGCUCUGGCUGAGGCAAUACAGGAGGCCACAGCAAUGAAUCCAGACAUGACAGUGGAAAAAAUCGAAAUUCAACAACAAACCCAAUAAAUUGGGAUUUAAACGAAGGAUACAUAAAGAGGCAAAAAAAAAAAACAUUAUUGCUGAUUAAAAGUACUUGAAAGCGCUGAAUCUGCCCGCUUAACGAUAUAAACGCCACGCGUCCCACGCUCUUGUAUUCACUUGUAUUUCAAUUAAGAUUUAAUUAACGGAAGAAAACAUGACAAAUAUGUGUAUAACGAAAGCAAUUAAAAAUAAAUCAAGGAAAGCAAACGUUCAUUGAACUAUGGUAACUAUCAUAAGGCAGAAUUUGCAAAGUGUAGAGCAGCAAAAAUAGAACUUGGCCCAGUAAAAAAAAAAAGAAGAGAAUUUGUUGCCGUUAAGGAAGCGUUUAGGUAGUUCAGAAAGUUCUGUAAGACAAAAGAAAAUACAUGCAUGGCCGGCGAACUUGGCAAAGACAUAUGCCGCAUUUGUCCUGCAUCGAUUAGAUGUACGUUGCCUUUACAUCUUUAUUAUAUGUAAACUGCUCCUAUGCAUAGGCAUCGAUCAGGACAGUCACGGCAAUGCAUGCAAAUUCUCUCGACUAAUGGACUCUUUAUAAAUUACCCAGCCGCUUUCUUACUGACGGGGCUAAUAUAUUGACCGCAUUUGAUUUGAUUUCAUUAAUUCCACUAUUGUCUAAAUUCGGGAUCUGCUGCUCUAUGCCCGCUAUCAACGCAAUCUGGUUUUAUGUUAACUAACUCAACCGAAAAAAAGUUUACUUUCCUUUACUUGCUAUUGUUCUCGUUGCAUGAUACAUAUAUAUAUAUAUAUAUUUACAUAUAUAUAAAUUAUAAUUAAAAAAGCCAACGCAAUGGAAAAUUGUAUUAAUGAGUUUGUAUGUGUAUAUCAAUGAAAUUAUUGUAUUUUAACAUACAUAUGUAAUUAUGUAAUGUUGUAAGCUGAAUCUAUGAAUAUUUUCUUACUUUUUAUAAAUAACGAGAACUUUUUUCCCUUUUAAUCCUGUAUUCUCGAUUUGUUUU